UUCAGUUUUUCCUACCAUCGCUGCUGUUUCGAGGCUCUGGCUCUGGUGUGACCGGCCCCAGUCGCUGAGAACCGCCUGAGAAAUGUGUCACACGUGUGUGGAGGAGGCGAGAGACACCAGCUUGAACAAAACAAAUAAACCAUCAUGAUUCCCAUCACAGAGCUCCGGUACUUUGCUGACACCCAGCCAGCAUACCGAAUCCUGAAGCCAUGGUGGGACGUAUUCACAGAUUACCUCUCGAUCAUCAUGCUGAUGAUUGCAGUGUUCGGUGGAACGCUGCAGGUCACACAGGACAAGAUGAUCUGCCUGCCUUGCAAGUGGGUUGCCAAAAACGAAUGCCAGUCUAUGCCUGUCUCAAACAUAACCCCCACUUAUCCACGCGAACCCAAAGGCAUUCAGUAUGACCUCGACCGACACCAGUAUAACUACGUAGAUGCUGUCUGCUAUGAGAACAAACUGCACUGGUUUGCUAAAUAUUUCCCCUAUCUGGUGCUACUCCACACCCUCAUCUUCUUGGCCUGCAGCAACUUCUGGUUCAAAUUCCCACAUACAAGCUCCAAACUGGAGCACUUUGUCUCUAUCCUACUCAAGUGCUUCGACUCACCGUGGACAACAAGAGCUUUGUCUGAGACUGUAGUGGAGGAGAGUGACCCUAAACCAGUGGGGAAAAUGAAUGGUUCCAUGGACAAGAAGACCUCAAGUGUGAGCGAGGAUGUUGAGGCUAGCGUUCCCAUGCUUCAGCGAACAAAGUCCAGGAUCGAACAGGGAAUUGUGGACCGCUCUGAAACUGGGGUUUUAGAUAAGAAGGAAGGGGAGCAGGCCAAAGCACUUUUUGAGAAGGUGAAGAAGUUUAGAAUCCAUGUUGAAGAAGGUGAUAUAGUUUACCGUCUUUACGUACGACAGACCAUUAUUAAAGUUAUCAAGUUUAUACUGAUUAUUAGCUACACAGGCUAUUAUGUAGGUUGUAUCACAUUCCGCGUAGUGUGCCCAGUGAAUAUUGAGACGCUAACAGGAUACAGCAUGUUUCUUUGUGCUCACCCAUUAGCAACUCUGUUCAAGAUUUUAGCCUGUUUUUACAUCAGUCUGGUUGUAGUUUAUGGUCUGAUCUGCAUGUACACCCUUUGCUGGAUGCUCAGACGCUCACUCAAACGAUACUCCUUUGAGUCGAUCCGCGAGGAAAGCAGUUACAGCGACAUUCCCGACGUGAAGAAUGAUUUUGCCUUCAUGCUACACAUGAUAGACCAGUAUGACCCUCUCUACUCGAAGCGCUUUGCUGUGUUUCUGUCUGAGGUCAGCGAAAACAAGCUGAGGCAGCUGAACCUAAACAACGAGUGGACACUGGAAAAGCUGAGGCAGCGGAUCACCAAGAACUCCCAGGAGAAACUGGAGCUUCACCUUUUCAUGCUCAGUGGAAUCCCGGAUACAGUAUUCGAUCUCGUUGAGCUAGAGGUGCUCAAGCUGGAGCUUAUUCCAGACGUCACUAUCCCCCCCAUCAUCGCUCAGCUUUCCAAUCUGAAAGAGAUGUGGCUCUACCACACACCAGCUAAAAUUGAGGCUCCAGCUCUGGCUUUCCUGAGAGAAAACCUGAAGUCGCUCCACAUCAAGUUCACUGAUAUCAAGGAGAUCCCUCUGUGGAUCUACAGCCUGAAGAACCUCAGUGAACUUCACCUAACCGGGAACCUGAGCGCUGAGAACAAUCGUUUCAUUGUCAUUGACGGGCUCAGGGAGCUCAAAAGUCUCAAAGUGUUGCGUCUAAAAAGCAACCUGACCAAGCUGCCGCAGGUGGUGACUGACGUGGGCGUGCACCUUCAGAAGCUUUCCAUCAACAACGAGGGCACCAAGCUGAUGGUCUUGAACAGCCUUAAGAAGAUGGUCAACCUGACGGAGCUCGAGCUUGUUCGCUGCGACCUCGAACGCAUUCCACACUCCAUCUUCAGUUUGCACAACCUGCAGGAGAUUGACCUGAAAGACAACAACCUGAAGACGAUAGAGGAGAUCAUCAGCUUUCAGCACCUACACCGCCUCGUGUGCCUGAAGCUCUGGUACAACCAGAUCGCCUAUAUCCCCAUUCAGAUUGGGACGCUGACCAACCUGGAGAGGCUGUACCUGAACAGAAAUAAGAUCGAGAAGAUCCCCAGCCAGCUUUUCUUCUGCCGCAAGUUACGCUUCUUAGACCUGAGUCACAACAAUCUGACAAGCAUCCACCCUGAUGUGGGCUUCCUCCAAAACCUGCAGUACUUCGCUGUGACGGCAAACAGGAUUGAGACUUUACCCCCGGAGCUGUUCCAGUGCAAGAAACUCCGCACUCUGAAUCUGGGGAACAACUGCUUGCAGACACUGCCAUCGCGCUUUGGAGAACUCACCGGGCUGACCCAGCUGGAGCUGAGAGGGAACCGUCUGGAGUGCCUCCCGGUGGAGCUCGGCGACUGCAGGCUGUUGAAGCGGAGCGGCCUGGUGGUGGAGGAAGACCUGUUCAACACGCUGCCAACAGAAGUCAAGGAGCAGCUCUGGAGGGCUGACAAGGAGCAGGCUUGAGCCAAACCACUGCAGAUGAAUAAAAAGAGGUUUUAUGAAAACCAGAUGGAGCUUGAGAGAAAUGCAGCAGUGUUGACCACACAGGCAGAGAAAAGUGACGACAUGUCGACUGUUUGACAGCCUGGCAGAACCAAUAAAAGUAAGGAUGUCAACGGCCUUCUGAUAUACCAUGUUGGAUGUGACAUUUGCUACUCGAAAACAAAUUUUAUAAUCAAGCUGGAUGAUCAGAGUUGAUUCAACAAUGUUUUUUGUUAGUUUUGUUUCAUCCCAACUAUAAAGUUGCAGGGAUGCUGGCAGUUGAUGUUGACUAUGCAUGCCGCACUAGGACCCUAAAGCAAACUUUUACCUUUCGACUGAGACAACUUUGCACGACUCGGCCUCAGUGAGCUAAAAGUGCUACCGAUUAUCGUUUUACUGAGCACAGCACAUUCUCAACAUGCUCUACGCAGCGUUUGCCUGCCCCUCCUCUGGCCUUGGGACUUUUAGAGAAGUUUGACAUUUACAGUUGCUGUGCAGUGUGGCUCACUCUAUUGACACAUAUUAACAAAUUAUGAUGUAAUUCAAAGCCAGUCUAUUCAGGCAUGAAGAUUUGGCAGUGUUCUUGUCUUCGGGCGCUUCUUUAUGCUCGACCUACUUAAAGGCAUUUUUUAUUUUAUUUUAUUGUUUAUCUUUAGCCUUAACACUGUAGGCUGUAGGAAUCUAAGGGUAAUAACAAACUUUGCUGUGUAACGCAAAACUACCCUGCAGUUAAAUUUACCAUCGGCCUGUGUGGUAAACUGUUACCUGCACUGGGAGCUGUGAUUUAGACCACCAUCUCUUAUUGGCUCUUUGUUUUUGCAUCACCAGACAACAUGUUUACUUAAGCAUGAUCUUAUUUUACAGGGCUUAAGGUGUCAUUACAAGUGUGUCUUAAUAGGCUGUGUAAGAAUUUAUUUUUGAUUUAUUUUUUUUAUAUAUUAACAGACAUUUGUAGCAUGUUUGGACUUGACAUAUAUUUUCAGCAUGUAACAAACCACUUAUCGAACAUUUAUUUUGACUCCAGAGCAAAUAUCUGUAGCUUGGUAUCGUAAGUGGCCUUUUUUUUUCUUCAGAGCUUACUGUAUGUAUUUUGUUUCAGUGUAAGGUUUAACUACACACUGCUCAGAUAAAAAUAGCUGUCCUUUUUAUAAAUCCACAGAACAUUGAAGAAAGUCACAGUUCAAAGUUUUCUUUUCCUAAUUAAUACAAACAGGUAAACCCAGAUACAGAAGGCUUUUAAAUAUUUUUUUCCUCAUUUUCUGACAUUAAAUCAGACUAAACCUUUGUUGUUUUAGGUCGGAUAGAGUUCCCAAACAAUGAGAGAUAAUUUAAUCAAGCUUGACUAAAGUAAAUCAUUCAGACAGUAUAAAAGAAAAAAACUGAAUUAAGUUACUUCUAUUAGUUUUUGCAAAAGGAUUUCUUUGAUAUGGACCUUUUAGUACUAGUGCUGUUUCUCUGGUUUGUUCAUCAGACUGCCUUUACUUGGUGAAAGAGCGGACAUUUGUCGCCAAUGGAUGUAUUCAUUUACGAGGCACAUGAGGACAAACAGGAAAUUACAGAGUGGAAGGGAACUGGUUCUGACCAGCCUCCACUGGAGAAGCAUUUCUUUGUGGAGCACGUUACAUCCACCGUGCGUGCUCCAAAUGAAUGCAACAUGUUAUGUCUGCUUUAAACGCUUCUUGUAAAGACCUGGGGUUUAUUAGCAUCAUUUGGAGUAAAUCUGCUGCAUUUACUCCUGCCAGAAAUUUCUCUCUACUGACAUGGCCUCAGCUUUUACAAGCGAUACCCGUUUAAUGAUCACAAACAGUGGUAUUUUUCUCUCGAGCUGUAAAGUGUAGAGCUGAAAUGUUUAAUGCGAGUCAUGUGCUUUUAUUCUUACCGGCUGAUUUCCUGCAGUUCAGUCUCUUUUAAAAGCUACAACGUGUAACAAUUAGCGACAUCUGGAGGUUCGUUUGUAACUCAAUCCAGACUCUGCUGGAUUUUAUCCACGCUGUGGUCUACAAGUUUCCAUUAUUUCAGCAAGGUAAUACUGAAAUAUUUUUGACUUGUUUAGCUUAAACAUAGACAUAAAUGGGAAAUAGCAUGGCACAGGAAAUGUGUUUUUACAGAGGGUAAACUGUAUUGUAAUUCAGUUACUUUAAACCUUUAAUUUGUAAAGCAGUAAUAAGUAAACUUCAACAAUAACUCCUAAAAAACUGCAACUUUUAUCAAUAUUUCAAAAUGAUUUUUAAAAUAAACAACCAAGAUGUCAAUAAUAAGCAGUCCUAAGUCCUCCACAGUCCUUUUUGUUGUUGAAUACUUUUAUAUGUGCAUAUUGUGGCAUUAAUGAAAAAAAUAAAUCAGUGCAGGAAGAUGUACAUGUAACUAUCACUGCUUCAUUUUAAGAAUUUAGAAAUAUAAGUAAUUGUGAAAUGAAGUAAGCUGGAAACGUUCAUGUCAGUAAUUUUACACACUUUCUUUAAAAGAUUUCAAGGCAGUUUCACUAAGAUUCAGCUGGGUGUUUUGUUUCAGAGGUCACAGCUCAGAAACGAGAGCUUCAGUGGUUUUAUUUUAUUUUAUUUAUUUUAUUAAACUAGAAUACCAUUUUAGAGUCUGGGUCAAAGGUCAGAGCCAAAACAAAUGACAGUACUUUCCUGCAGGUGUAUGACAAACCCAUUUGAAUAAUUUUGUUUAUAUUAGAUUUAUUUUAUGCAAAGUAAACAUGUUUUACAAAAUAUACAACAAAAAGUGUUCUGUUGGCUGCCGUACAGAUACGUACUUUCUGUACUAAUACAAGCUUUAGAAAUGUGUCCAUUGUGGUGCAGCUGGCUCAGAGUCGGCCCACAGGAGAUGUUCUCUGUCACUCUGAAGUAACUUGAUAUUCUGACAUUGAUCACUGUGGUGGUGCAGUGCAGAUGCCUUCAAACCUUUCUCCUGUACCGCAAAGUGUCAGAACUGGUUAUUUAGUCUUUUUUUCUAUCUUUACAUGAUGUCUUUAAGGUUUGAAAUGUCUCAAAAUGUUUAGAUUUUCUUUUGUCUUUUUUUUUUUUAAAGAAAAUUUGACUGACGUCUGAGUAAAUUUUUGGUCUUUGAGCAUUUGGGGUCAAAGUUAAUAUUAAGAUUAAUAUUUGCUGUCUUUCGUGUAACUUAUUUGUAAUCUGGUCUCAGAAUACUUUGAGCAUCUGGCAGAGGAUGACGUACAAAGCUACAAGUCAGCUAAAAACAGUUGUCCCCUCUUUCUCAUUUUCCACUGAGUCACUUCACUUUCAGCCUGGCCCCCUCCCUUUCCUGUCAGCUGUGAUGAAUCAGGUCAAAGAACUGAUUUAAACUCUUCAAAAACCAAAAUGAGGAAGUUUCCGUGACUUUCUGAAACGUGAGCACUUCAUUUAUGUCACAUCAGCAGCUGCCAUUUUUUCUUAUAUAAACACACUGAAAGCUUUAUUGUAGUGCAAAUGUGCUAAAAUAACAAAUUAUAGCAUCUGCCUUAUAUUUAAUUACAAAAAGAUCAAAUGAUUGGAUCCUGUUUGUAUGCUUUAAGUCGUUUUUCUUGGACAGAACUUUGAAGUUUGAAUCCUUCAGAGCAGAUCGGCUCCUGUGCUCGAACGGAAUGACUCGACAAUCUUACUGUAACUGGAAGUGAGCUCACCCUUCAUUGCAGGCAUCGUGUGUAACCGUAUACAUUCAUUAAUGUCUGACAAUGUGUGUGAUUUUACUUUUAUGACAGUCAUUUUGUUUUAAUUAUCCAAACUGUCAGUAUUCAUAAAUCAUUUCUGAGCAUAACUUAUUGCUAAACUGUCAUGAUUACAUUUAUUUUCUUGUAAAAUAUUAAUGUUUUUAUUUAUUUUUAUUUUUUAAUAAAUGAUUGUAUUUCUUGUGUAUGGUAACUUUAUGUAUUCUGAUGCCUGUAGAUCAGGAGUUCUGGAAACAACGAUUCUUUUUUAAAAAAUGUCUUAAAGCUCGGGUUUGUUGAGCCGGUGUCCAGAACAGCCAUACUGGAACUUAUCCCCAAAUGGACAAGGCCUUUAUUAACACUUUGUUUUUUAUUUUGCCAAUUAAAUAAACAUCGGCUCUGUAAUGUUGGAAUGCUGGUUUCCAAAUGUUCAGAUCCUACUUUUUUGUACCAUUCUGACACAUGAUAAUAAAAUUACCACUUAACACUAAA